GAUCUUCCGAAGUGAUCAGAUCAAAAGUGAGAAACAAAGUGUUGAUUAAUAACGGAUCGUGAUUCAAUAAACAGGAUAUCUGAGGCAAAAAUCAACCAUGAUGUUCCUAAAAUUGUCAUCAAAUGUUUUGUUAUUUAUCGUUGUAAUGACAACAGCUUUUUCUGUCGAUGAAAAUGCGAGGAUUAAGUGGUACAACGAUAUUCAUUUUCAUAACCAAAGCUGUUUGGUACCUCUUCAUCAAUCUGUUCAUAUAAAUCUGAUGCCACAACACUCUUUUUAUGCCAAGUCUAGUCUUGAAAUUUACAUAAAUUGUAUGGUACGAUACAUAACUCUACGUCUAACAACUCAUUUAAGAGUAAUGAAUGUAAAUUUACAGUCGACUAAUAGUAGUCUCAUAUUUAAUCCGAUGAUAAAUUAUCAUUAUGGAGAGGACAUCCUUAUUCUCGAUUUCGACAAUUUACUUGAGCUGCGGGAAUCUAAUAGCUUCUUAUAUAAUCCUAAUAACUUAUAUGAAACGUUUACUUUGAACAUACAAUACGAAAAUUACAAUUUUAAACUUAGAUACUAUAAUGAGACGAAGCUUUUUCAAACAAUAUUCAGAGAAGAUGGAGAUCUUUUUAGGGUGUUAUUUACAAAUUUGAACCAGCCGAGAGAGAGCCGACAUUUAUUUCCUUGCUUUGAAGAGACGAAAUUCCGUACCACGUUCGAUAUCUCUAUUACUCACCAACCAUUUUACGAUGUUUUGUCGAAUAUGGCGAUAAAAAAAUAUAUAGAUAUAAGUAAAUACGAAAGGCGUACAAUAUUCAAAACAACAUUUCCAAUGUCGCCAAACGACGUAGCAUUUGUAAUAUUUGAAAAAUUAAAACUGGUUCCUAAUUCGACGAAUAAUGCGAUUAAUAUGUGGUGCAGAUCGAACUUUAUACCAUACAUAACAUUAGCUGAACAGGUUGCUGGUAGAGUCAGCAGGGUUUUAAAUUCCUUAUCCAAUAAAGCAUUGCCAAAACUGGAUUUUAUCAUUCUUCCAAACCUCGAAAGGAAAUUCGACGAAACGUUGGGACUUAUUUUUCAGAAAGAAAGUAAUUAUGCAUAUAAUGAAGAAUUUGAUCCUCCUGCAAUAAAAACUAUGGUUAUCCAAUCAGUUAGUCACGAUAUAACGCAUCAUUGGUUUAGAAAUCUCUUUAAUACGCCUUGUCCGUUUCAACAUUUCUUAAAAGAAGGCUUUUUUAUGUUUCUUGAAACGUAUAUCAUUGACAAGGCUUUACCAGAUUCACGGAUGAUGGACUUGUUUAUAGUCCAGAUUCAACAAGAAGUUUUUCAUUUAAAUGAUCAUUUUUCUAUAAAGUAUUUUAUUGAAUAUACAAGUUGUGUAACUAAAACUGAUUCGAUUAAUUUUCCUUUUUCUCGCAUUAUAGGAGCGGUAAUGUGGCGCAUGUUCAAAAAAGUACUUAUCAGUAAUACAUUUCAGACUAGCAUUGAAAUAUAUUUGGUAAUGCGAUAUACUUAUUAUAAUAGAAAAAUUCUCUAUGAUGUACGGGACAUUAUGCAGGCUGUCAUAAAUAACCACAUAAUUAACAAUCCUGAAGAGUAUUCUACAGAGUACUAUCGGAAUAUAAAAAAGAUAAUGGAUAUUUGGAUUAUGCAGAAUAGGUGUACGGUGUUAAAUGUCACACGAGAUUAUUCUAAAUAUGCUAAAUGCAGUUGUGUGACUAUUUCAAAAGAGCUUUAUAACGAUCUGGAUCAGGAAUAUUUUAUACCUGUAACUUAUACUAAUGAAAAAAACAUCAAUUUUGAUGCAACGUCCCCGAAUAUCAAAUAUUGUUUAACGCAGUCCCAUCCAGAAAUAAAAAUUGAAAUUGAUUAUAAUUCUAAUUGGAUUAUUGUCAACUUACAACAAACUGGUUUUUAUCGCGUCAACUAUGAUUCUGAGAAUUGGUGGAGGCUUGCAGUUUAUUUAAAUUCUGAAAACUAUAAAAAGAUACAUGUUCUCAAUCGAGCACAGAUAAUUGAUGACGCAUUCUAUAUGGCGAAAACUGAAAGACUUAAUUUCUCCAUAUUCUGGGAACUCGCAAGCUAUUUAAAGCGAGAGAAAGAUUACGUGGCAUGGUAUCCCAUGAUAAAAAUUUUUGAAUACAUGGCAAAUAUGUUCCCGUAUACAAAAUUAUCAGAAAAUCGAGAAUUAUUAAAGGAAGUACAUGUAACAAAAUUGUUUAAACAAAUUGAUACGGAAAUGUAUAAUCUGACGGUACCUACCAACAACAAUCUUGACAAAUGUUUAAAACAAGAGCUGGCAAGAUGGCAAUGUAUCAUUGGUAAUCCUAUAUGCUUACAUAUGACCAAACAGCAAUUAAAAACGUACAUGCAAAGUUAUAUUAAGAAAAAUAAGAAUUUCCAAUUAUCUGGGCAGCAAUAUUGGGCUUUUUGUAAUGGUUUAAAGACUGUAAAUAGUACUGAAUGGUCUGAGAUAUGGUCCGCCGCACCUGGAAUAUAUAAAAAUCGAAUCAAUUAUGAAAUGUUGAUGCUUCAUACUUGUGUUGAAGAUCCCUCAAGUGUCUUCAAUAUCCUAAAACAGUGUCACUUACUUGACGAAACUCUGUUGAAGAAAAAUAGCAAAGAUAAAGAACGUUUACGUGCUCAAGUUGCUCAUGUUUUUCUAUACAUUUUUGCAAGACAUUCUAAGAUAGUACUUCAAAAUUUCUUGUUUAAUAAAGAUUUUUUUAAGCUCAGACAAAUGAAUAUGUUAGCAAUAUUCAUUGUGGUUAUUAAUAAUGUGUAUUCUCAGUCCCAAAUUAACCAGAUAUAUAAAUAUGAAUUCAUGGGCUAUAUGAAAAAUAUGAAUUAUUUACAUACAAGAAUUGUAGCAAAAGCAGAGCAACGUCUUGGUAAGAUACUCGGAGAUAUGAAGUAUUUUCAAAGUGUGCUCCAUCAAAAAUAGAGAAAGAAGUUACAGUACAUAUUUGAGACAGCUUAACUAUAUAACACAUCCAGCUGUAAUAAAAAUUAAAACUCCAUCUUUUAUUCUCUAUUUAUA